AUGUAAAAUAAUAACUACAAGCACAUUAAUCUGUCUGGUUUUGGUGAGUGGGGAAAGACAGAGAGAAACCCAAGUGCACUUUUGAUAUAAUAAUUGUCUCCAUAGCAGUAACAAGAAUUUACUAUCGAGUCCAUUAAAGUUCUUAAAGUUACCAAAGAAGCAUGUGAUGAAUAUCUAAGUCAAAUUGAUAAUAAAAAUGCUAUAAAUGUUCAUAUUGGGUUGUUUAAUGAACUUCAAAAUUUUCAAUUAGAGAUGUGUGCUUACAAUAAAUUGGAUUAUGAAUUAAGUGAUUUUAAUGGAUGCAAAAUAAGAAGAGUGAAAAUAGAUUAAGAAAUAGAUAUGGAUGAAUAGAUAAAAUCCUCCUUAAACAUAACUUAAAUUAUAUCCUAAUUACAGCAAUUAGGAUAUUAAGUAAAUAAGUCAUACAAUCCAGGUCGAUUCCUUUGCAAUUAUCUAUAUUAUCAAUCAUUAAAGUAGAAUCCACAAACUAUAUUCAUACAUGUACCACAGUAUUAAACCAUAUCAGAAGAAUAAUAAAUGAAAUUUUUGCUCGACUUAAUCUAAAUUCUACUUAAAAUAAGUAAUACUUCUGAUAUCUAAAAAAACAAUUGA